AUGCUUUGCCAAGUUUGUGCCUCGAUUGAUCUGGAUGAAGCGAACGCGACCAUCAGCUGGGAAGAAUUCCUACGACGACCUCGCAACAAACGCUCGGCUUUUGGAUAUCGCCACCAUGCUUCCUGGAGUGCCCUUGAGAAGGCGGCCGACCAAGGCUACGAGAUGUGCCAGGCUAUCAGGUCGGUAGCCAUAGAUGGGGUACGGCGAGAGGCUGAAUCACAUCUAUGGCUUACAACUGAAAAGACUCGUCACAGUAUCGGAUUGAAGCUGUCUAAUGAAAGUGUCGCGGCUUUCCUCUCGCGACUGGGUGUUUUUACUACUCAAGAACAUUCCACGUUCACCGGGAGAGCUGUUUGCCCGGAGGCUGGAUUGCCUGAAGUCUUUGACAUGGCAAGAUCGUGGCUGGAGACAUGUCUCCUCCACCAUUCAGGCUGCGGACGCCCAGGAACAGCAAGUCUCCCAACGAGAGUUAUUGACGUAGGUCCAAGCGAUGGCUCCAAAGAGGUCCGUCUGCAUUUGUCCAACGGAGAAAUUGGCGAGUGGGUUUCUCUAAGCCAUCGAUGGGGAAGUCAGAAAAUCCUCACCACCGUCCGAUCGAACAUGCAAGCUCACUGCCAACAACUGCCUUGGUCCUCGUUAUCAAAAACAUUCCAAGAUGCUAUCAAAGUAACGCGAGAACUGGGCUUCUGUUAUCUCUGGAUCGACUCACUCUGUAUUCUGCAAGACUCGUCUGAUGACUGGGUCAAGGAAUCGGCAAAGAUGGGGAGUUACUAUAAGGAUGCGAUACUUUCCAUCGCAGCAAGUCAUCCCAACAGUGCAGAGAAGGGCAUUCUAGCCAAACGAGAGUCGGUAAUGUUCAAUGACUCACCAGACUUCGCGGUCAUGGUUCCCUGCAGUUCAUCUGAGGGAACGUCCAACAUCUACAUCAGGAAAAACCUUUUGUCUUUUGAGGAUAUGCUGGAUUCCAAGGACUUUAAUCCUCUUGAGCUCCGGGGAUGGGUAUUACGAGAGACGAUGCUUGCACCUCUGACUCUGUACUUUACACAGGAGCAACUUAUCUGGCACUGCCGGACUUGUGGUCGGGUUGAAGCUGACCGGAAUCCGACUCUUUCGGCAUCUCUUCCCUUGAACUGGACCAACCCAAAGGCUGUCGUUGCAUUGACGGAGGCAGCUACGCCAGCUGCAGUGAUCAGUGAGGACACUGAUCAACCUCCGGAUGCACAUGGAGCAUGGCUUCGUAUUGUCAUCGACUUCUGCGGUCGCAAGCUCACAUAUGCCGAUGAUCUGUUCCCAGCCAUUUCAGGUUUGGCUAGAGAGGUUCAUAGGAUGACCGGAGAUACUUACUGCGCUGGUUUAUGGAGAGGCGACAUUGCUCGAGGGUUGAUGUGGUAUCGACAAGCCCCAGUCAAAGAGACCCCCAAGUAUUUGGCCCCAUCCUGGAGCUGGGCGUCUAAGAUUUCAGCAGUCGAUGGCGGGAUGGACCCGUACUUCAUGAUCCAGAAUACCCGCGUGGUUGAAGGGACGAGUGCCGAGGUGAUUGACGUUCAAUUAGAGUACGCUACUACGGACCCAUUUGGAAAGCUGAAAGGAGGGAGAAUCCGAGUCAAAGGCUGGACAUGGAAUGCUUAUUUGUUUGAUGGCAACUCAGACAUUCAAGGCAAGGCUGGUGAAGCCUCUCUGGACCCAGCUCAAAGUGAGGAUAAGACGACUAAAAGCGACCAAGUCCACGUCAACAAACUCGAUGUUCGCGAUGACACCAGAGGAAUGACAUACAGCCUCGACACAGAAGAAAGUUUAGAGGAAUUCCUCAAAGUGGACUGGACGCAUUCACCUUUCCUUGCACUUGGGGUAGGUGUACUUAAAGAUGCAUCGGAUGUUGCUAGACGGUAUGAUACCGAUAUGAUGUCUGGACUUUUACUGAAGAAAUCAGCUCAGGUGGCUGGAGCAUAUGAGCAGCACAUACCGGUUGAUGCCAUGGUGGAAGACGGACAUGAGGACGACCAUCUCAAAGGCUGGAAACUCUCGUUGAGGAAGCCUAACCCUUGUCAACCCACUUCAGCUCCUCUCACAUCCCUCGUCCAUAAUCAAAAGGUUCCCAUCAAAGUCGGCGUCUUUUCCGAUGAAGUAACAUAA